ACGACCAGGAAGACCCCCCAAGCGUUCCCUAGGAGUUGCGAUACAAGAAAAUGCACGUCUUCUGCCCCAUGGAGUUCCAGGCCUGUUAUCACCAGGACUUAUCUCUCCGACAGGUCUGACAGCGGCUGCCAUGGCAGAGGCUAUGAAGUUACAGAAGAUGAAACUUAUGGCAAUGAAUAGCCUUCAUGGAAGUGGAAGUCAAAAUGGAACAGAAUCAGAAAAUGAAGAGCUCAAUUCUAAUGCAGGUGGGAGUGAAUCCUCCUGGGAUAAGGACAAGCUUCAGUCUCCCAUUACAACGGGAUCACAGCACAGCAUUGGUCAUCCCACACUGUCAGGGCAGUCGAGCCUUGGAAGUGCGCACCCACUCAGUCCUCUCCAGCAGAAUCACCUGCUCACCAACAGGAUAGACCUGCCGUUUAUGAUGAUGCCUCACCCUCUGCUUCCCGUCAGCCUACCUCCCGCUUCGGUUGCAAUGGCAAUGAAUCAGAUGAACCACCUCAAUACGAUAGCUAACAUGGCUGCAGCAGCCCAAAUGCACAGUCCGCUUUCCAGGGCAGGGGCCUCUGUUAUAAAGGAAAGGAUCCAAGACAGCCCUUCUCCAGCUCCAUCUCUAGAAGACAGUCAGCGGCCUGGGAGCCAUGCUUCCUCCCAUCAGAGCAGCAGUGUGUCCAGUUCGCCGUCCCAGUUGGACAACACACCAGACAGAAUUGCUAUGCUGACCAACAGCAGGGAAGGAGAACUCAUUGAUCAAGAAACUGGGACCAGCCUAAAAAAAAUACAGAAGGAGAAAGAAGAGGUCCAAAUUGCCAUUCCAAUAAUGAAACCAACCUUAGAUAAAGUCCAACUGGCUGGACAGGCCUUGCCUCCUGGAUUUCCGGCGCCAUUUCUUUUUGCUGAUGGUCUUUCAUCAGUAGAAACACUAUUAACCAACAUUCAGGGCCUACUGAAAGUGGCUGUUGACAAUGCGAGAGUCCAGGAAAAGCAGAUACAGCAGGAAAAGAAAGAGUUAAAGAUGGAGCUUUGUAGAGAGAGAGAACUGAGAGAGAGCUUGGAAAGGCAACUCACAGCUGAGCUGCAAAGCAGAG